AUGCUCGAUGCCCUGGUGCUCAGCAUCGUCCUCGUGGACGCGAUCAACAGCGGGACGAGUAUGGAGGGGCGGGAGGCUGCCGUAGCAGCAUGGGAGGUCUGCACAGAGCCCUCCACUUACAUCUUUCAACGCGACAGAUCGACGAUCGAAGACGCGCUCAGCAUCAGUCCGCGUGACGGAUCUGUCCUGUCCAAGAACCGAGACAAGUUUGACCUGGUCACGAUCUACGACGACGUGUUCGAGAACAUGGGCGACGUGCACUCCCCGGUCUCCGUCCUCUUCAAGGCCAUCCACGAGACCGCCUUCUGCAAGAUCUUGAAGAGCGUGUCCAUGCUGCUCAUUGGCGGAUUCCAGGCGUGGAAGCAUGAGUACGGCAAGGAGGAGACACUGGGUCCUCCACAUCAGGUGCGCGUCCUAUCCAUGGUCUAG